AUGAACAAAGAAGAUGAGGUCAAUUUUCCACUGUGUGGAGGAAUUUGUAACAAGAAAUUAGACGAAGUGAUUGUCGAUCAUGCGUCCGAAAUCUUGAAGACGAAAGGAAUUAGGCAAAUAAUUAAAAAUUACCUGCCCGAAAAGCUUGAAGAAUGCGGCUGGAACAAACGUAUAUUUGAUGAAUGUGUCAAAUGGUUAAAGGCCAACACGGCCAGCGGUCAUCGAGUUUACUACGGACAGAAAAUUAGGGAAGAAUUUAGGGAACCAGAUGACGUGGAUCCAAAGGAACUAGUUGAACCAUUAUUGAAUUUGGGAAUACAAUUAAUGCCCGAGUGUAUUAUCCAAGAAAUUAAGGAACGAAUUAUCAAAGCACUACAUGGAGAAGAUGAUACUUUUGAUUCAGGAUUUUGCGCUACCUAG